ACGCACGCCCCGCCGCGCGCACACACAUACACACGCGCACACACUCACACACGCCCGGAGCCGCUGACGGCGCCUACUCGGGGCUCGCCGGCUCUCCGGCUCUCUGACCCGCCGCCCGAGCAGCGGCAGCCGCACAAAGGAGAGGAGGAGGAGGAGGCGCGCAGGGUGCUCGGAGCCGCUGCCCGGAGAUGUCGGGGGUGCUGGUGAUCGCUGCCUGGUGCUUCCUGCAAGUGGAGAGCCGGCAUCCUGAAAUCAUCACGAGUAAUAGCAAUCAUGGCAAUUUCCUGGACAACGACAAAUGGCUGAGCACCGUUUCGCAGUAUGAUAAAGACAAGUACUGGAACAAAUUCCGGGAUGAUGAUUAUUUCAGGAACUGGAAUCCAAACAAGCCUUUUGAUCAAGCCCUUGAUCCAUCCAAAGAUCCAUGUUUGAAGGUGAAGUGCAGCCCACAUAAAGUGUGUGUCACUCAUGACUAUGAAACUCCUAUUUGUGUAAGCCGCAAGCAGCUGGUACACAGCCUUCGACAAAAGAAAGGAAACUUGGCCCAGAAGCACUGGGCUGGACCCGCCAACAUAGUGAAAUGCAAGCCUUGCCCCAUGACGCAUGCCAACGCUGUCUGUGGAUCCGAUGGACACACCUAUACUACCAAGUGCAAGUUGGAGUUUCAUGCGUGUACUUCUGGCAAAACCAUCACGGCUCGAUGCGAAGGGCCCUGCCCCUGCCUUCCGGGUCCCGAAAGUUCAAAACACAAGGUGGAGAAGACUGCUUGCACAGACAAAGAAUUGAGGAAUCUCGCUUUGCGACUAAAAGACUGGUUCGGUGCUCUUCACGAGGACGCAAAUCGUGUCAUCAAACCAACAAGCUCGGAGACGGCACAAGGCAGGUUUGACACCAGCAUACUACCAAUCUGUAAGGAUUCCUUAGGCUGGAUGUUCAACAAACUUGACAUGAACUACGACCUGCUGCUGGAUCCCUCGGAGAUCAGCGCCAUUUAUCUGGAUAAGUACGAGCCAUGCGUCAAGCCUCUCUUCAACUCCUGUGACUCCUUCAAAGACGGAAAGCUUUCCAACAACGAGUGGUGCUACUGCUUCCAGAAGCCAGGUGGUCUUCCUUGCCAGAAUGAAAUGAAUAGAAUUCAAAAGCUAAGUAGAGGGAAGAGUCUGUUGGGUGCUUUCAUCCCACGGUGCAAUGAAGAAGGUUAUUACAAAGCCACGCAGUGCCAUGGCAGCACAGGGCAGUGCUGGUGUGUUGAUAAGUACGGGAAUGAGAUAGCCGGCUCAAGAAAGCAAGGGACGGUUAGUUGUGAAGAAGAGCAAGAAACCUCAGGGGAUUUUGGCAGUGGUGGAUCGGUUGCAUUGUUGGAUGAUUUGGAAGAGGAACCUGAAGCAGCAAAAAAAGACAAAGAAGGGAAACUGAAGAUUCAUGUAAGAGCAGCUAAUGAAGAUGACGAAGAUGAAGAUGAUGACAAGGAUGACGAAAUUGGUUAUAUAUGGUAGUGCCCAUCAUAAUGAGGACUCACGUUUUGCACAAUAUUGCAAGUCAUAUCAUAUCUCUGCAAUUGUAUCUGAGAGUACCUGGCACAAAUAUUCCCUCUCAACUGAGUUUAAUUUUGUAUAGUCUAUUUAAUUUGGAAGACAACUUGUUUUUUUUUUCCAGCAAGGACUGUUUGGAAAACAGCUUUUGUUCAGUUGGUUCAGGGGAUUUUUGUUCUAUCCACAGGGGCAAUGAGUUUUGUUUCAAAAACAUUUCAUGUCUUAAUCCUCAGUUGCACAGCUUAUGAAAUAUAUCCUGUGAAAGAAGAAUCGCAGAAGGGGCUCAACAAACCAAUACAAGGCUUAGAAGCCCUUCUCAUGUUAGGGAAUUUGCGUCAUAAAUUGUUACCUGGAUCAUAUCAGAAACAGUUCUUUUUCUUUCAUGAAGAAGGAGAAGUAGGUGCCUCAUUUUCUAGUCCAUAUUUGUUACGUCCCAGUAAAGAGUAAGUCUCUUGGGAUAGCGACUUCUGGCUGCCCAGCACCAGGGGUUUAAUCCAGUGAGAAACCCACUGGUGGGAUUUUUCUCUUCCGUAUGUUCUCUGAGAAAGAGUCCAACAGGCUUAGUCCAGCCCGCACUGAAGGCAGAGCUCCCACCAGCGCGUAGAUCCGCUCACUGGCACUGUUUAGUUGCUCGAGGAACAUGGCCUUCAUCUGAAGAGAUGCUGAGAACCUGCAGCUGUCAUGGACCGAGCCCUACAGGCAGGGAACAGCAUCCACCUGCCUUUUAAAGAGUUUAAGAAAAGAGUGUUUUGUGAAUUUGUAGUGUCAGAACCACCUCCAUAGCUGUUCCUCAGCUCCUCUCUGAACUCGUUUGCACCGAGUUGCACUAACAUCGCGCAGGCAGCCCCUGCGUCUGCUCGCACACUGCGGGCCUGCCUGUUCUUCGUCUACUCUUAGCAAUCCCUCAUUCCACAGUUAUAAAGCUGUCAAAGACACUAACCAUCAAAAGUAAUAAGCUGUUGUUUCUUUAAUUUAAAUAGUUAAUAUUUAUUUGGCCUGUUUAAAAAAGCAACUUUAGGCAGUCAUAUUUCAUAACCCCUUUGCUCAGUGUGACAAGCUGCACACUCUAAUAAUUACACACAUUUAAAAGACAAUAGUCUUAAAAUACAAUCUGUGAUUCCCUCAGCAUCUCCCACAUAUUCAUAACUCUUCAAUUGUAUCACAGCAUAUUGACAUUAUUUGCUGCGUCCUUUCCCAUUGCAGUUCUCUGAUGCAGUAAUGCGCUGUGGUGACCGUUUAUUAUUUUUUCCUGUUUCCAGAAAUGGUAAGAAGUACCUUAACCUCACUCUUGCAUUAGGAUGCAGAUAUAAGUAUUUUAGCAGUGCCUGUGAUUUGCCUGUGAGAUAUUUUGCAGAAUGAAAAAAAAAUUCACAGAAAACUGAUUAGAUUGAUUCCGCACCCCCCCCCCCCCCCCCCCCCCCCGAGUUAGUGUUGGAUGUAGAGGUGGAGACAGUAUGGAGUCAAAACAUGGCUGGUCACAUCAUCACUGGAAAGCAGGGAUGUACCAUGCUGGGUGGCAGAAGUCACUUUCCCAGGGACACUGUGGUCCUCACCCCUCUCCAAAGCCAAUGCCCGCCGCAGAGCCUGGCAGGGCUCGGCAGCCCCUCUCCCCUUCUGUGUAGGACCUCUGCGUUCAGACAUGAUCAGAAGAGCGAUAUAGCAGAGGAACUCCUUUCAGACACCAUGUGUUGCAGGGGCUCAGUUGUUUUCUCCUCUUUCAUUUCCUAUUUGUCUAGCUCAAUGACCUGAGAACAAAGAGCAAGCCUGCAUAAUUGUUAGUAAUGCAGAAGGAUGUGUAUAAUCAUGAGGAUGUUUCACGCCCCCGCAUCCUCCCAAAAAUCUGCCAUCGCAGUCAUUUGCAAAAGGCCUGCAAUCCUCCCUGCCUCAAAUCCCUUUGGGUUUCCUAUAGCUUUUGAAAAUUUAUUUUAAAAAAACAUUGUCUGUGAGCUGUGCAGCACACACACUCACAUGCACUUUUUCUACUUGUCUUUCAUAGAAAAAUGAUGCUGACUUGCAAGAGGAACAGAUAAAACCAGCAUUUCUGUUUCCCUAAAUAGUAUGAUUUUACAAGAAGAAAUUGCACACCAUCCAUAGCUUGCUUCUCAACUAUUGUGGCUGGUUUCCUUCUGGUAUUUUAUUAAUCGAACCCAUACGCUCUGGGUCUAGCUCUGCUGUCCUGUGCAGGACCUGCCUAAGGCACAGAGCUGUCAUUUCACUCUGACAUAAAACUGAGGUCCAGAAUCAGCAGAGUUAUGCUUAUCCUCCCGACUGGACUCAUUCUCCACACACAGCUAGGGUUGUGGGUUUUUUUUCCUCCCUGCAGUCCUGUGUCCCUUUGCAACGGCUUGUCCCAUUACUGUGCGUUACUGCAAAGGCCACAGAGUACAACCCCUCUCCUGCCCGGCACCUCACCGGGGUACAGCCAGUCUAACCCAGCCCUUGCAGGCAGCUCCCGGGUCCCAGGUGGCAGCCCUUCUGUGUCAUGUGCAAACAUGCAAGAUGGUUCAAUAAAAGCUGUUAAAUAAGCCUUUAAAAGUGAACGUGGCCAUCCUUCAGGUUACAUGAGCGGACGUGCCACCACCAUCCGCUUCUCAGCACCGUUGAGCCUCUCCUAGCUGUAAUCUCUCACAUGCAACUAUUCCAAAUCAGAGCUGGCAGGUUUUAUAUCUUUCUCUUGCACUACAAAACAAUUACUAGCUCUCAGAGUCACCAACUCAAAUGUGCCGUGGGUCCCAGGCAGACUGCUCUGUGCCCAGCGCAGCCGGGCGAGAGAGGAGCUGCCGCGGCUGGGCGGGCUGAGCUGUGGUAGCACAUUGACCUUCGCGCAGAAACACAGACAGACGGCCAGACAGACAUUUUUAAGCCCGCUGGCCUGGAUUCGGGAAGACACCUCCAUCCAGGUGAUCAUUCAGUCACCUGCGUCAGUUGUUCAACUCUUCUUCUGAAUCAGGGCCAGCACUGGAAAAAUGCCGUUUUAUCGACUAGUCCAGCUGGGUCCGGCUAGAAGCGAGUUUAGAGGGAGCAGCGUCCAAUCCCGAGGUGUCACCGCCUCGUUGGGACUGGGGCAGACAGGCCCUCGGGCUCGGAGGGCACCGCAGACCAUGGAUUGCUUCAGGAGCGGGUUUCCAACUCUCACAGCUAGUUAGCAAAGCCCUUUUGUGAUCCACUGGCAUCCUCCGGUGGUUGGCAGAUCUGCAGCCAAUGUAUACAUAUGUAUAUAUGUGUGGCUCUAUCUAUACAUUUAUACACACACAGAUGUAUGUGCGUACAUGUGUGUGUCCAAUUUGGGAAGCUGCAUUAAGAAAAUAUUUUAUUUCUUUAAGAGAAACCAGCCUUUCUCCCAUGAACCAGUGCUCUGCCAGAUCAAGCCCCUUCCAUUCUUCAUGUUCAUGCUUUGUAAAGGAUUUAAUUUGCUUCCAGCUUCAUUUCAUUAUUUUCUUUUUUUUUUUUUUUUUGCAAAGCAGGACUUCCCAUCUGCAUCAAAUCAUUGACCUUCCAAAUAUUUCCUCAUUGUGAAAAAUGGAAUCAGAGUUGUCCUGUUCUUUUAGAGACACAAACCAAUUUUUAAUCUCAUUUUCUUUUCAUAUUAGAGACUAUGAAAUACUGUUAGGCAUUGCUUUAUGUUUCAAGGUGUCCUUUCAACUACUGUGGUUAAAUCAAAAUCUCCUUGAGUUCAGAUUUCAGCACAGUUGGGGUUUUGGGGUCAUUACUGGCCUUUGCUGUGAACACAAAGAAUCCUUUUCCUUUCUUUGCCUUUUUUUUAAGCUAUUCUGUACUAUUAUUUUAAGCCAUUUGAAGUGUUUAUUUAAUAUUUAUUCUACAGUUUAUAUUGAAAAUGUAAAGUUUAUAUUUAAAACAACACUGUUUGUUAGUGAAUGCUUCUCUUUGCCUCUCCAGCCUAGUCUGUUAGUCUCAGUGUACAUUUCUGGCAUGGGAAUAUUUUGAUAUUAGAAGUUUUGUAGCAUUUUUUUCCCCUCAAGCAGCAAAUGACAGAGAUCUAAGGUCACCACUUGAUACAGACCACCAGAUCGCUCAAGCUUAGCUUCCUACAUUUGUUGGCUUUUAUUGCGUCCCUUCUGUAUGCCAUUCAAGUUCCUUUAAUACAUAGACUGCUUUGUACAGUUACUAUACAUCAAAAAGCCCUUUCUACAGUAGGUGGGGUUUGGUCUUUUUAUACUUUUCUCAAUGCUGUUGAUGUCCGUUACUGUUAAAUGCGUAGAUCUGUAAGGAGAGAUCCAAAUAUUACGUGUUUCAGUUUGAUGUCCCUACUGUAGAUGGAUGUAGACUAUCAUAGUAAGUAGAAUUGCAUAGUAAAUUCUGAAUGCUUUUUCCAUAAGGAGUCAAGUGGAAUGUGAGCAUUUUGCUAUCUUUGGUUAACUGUAAAUGCUUAACUGUAGUCUGAAAUAGUUGCAUUUUUGUCUGUCUCAAUAAAUUUUAAUUUGUCUGC